AUGAAGCCACCACAUGAGACUAUGAAGCCAUCACAUGAGACUAUGAAACCAUCACAGCUGCGGAAGAGUGAAACCAUUAAGUCUGGUGACAUAUUUAGUGGCAAGAAGGAACCAAUAGUGAAAUUACGCAAGGUUUCAGUGAUCGAAAGGUUUGAUUUCAUUGUCAAAAAGUCUUGGAGGCAAAUAUUUAACGCAAAAUGCUUCGUUGCUAGAUGUACCUGGAGUAUACGUGCUACAAGAAUGUCGACAUCAUCUCCAGAAUUCCUCGAUGGUAAAUAUACUGAUCUUCAUACAUGCUCUACGGUCAUUAGGUACUCUCGCCAACGACAGGCAAAUGCAAAAUGUAUUGGCCAGAUGUAUGUUGAGGGAUUUACUGGUGGUAGUGAUCUUAAAGGAAUCCGGCCUAAACAUAUAAUGGACUGUAUAAGGGUUGUUUAUAAACUUGACAUUAGUUAUACAAAGGCUCAUAGUGCAUUAGCAUAUGCACGAGAGUUGGUUAGAGGCACUCAUGCUAGUGGCUAUCGGUACUUGCCUUCAUAUCUAUACAAAAUAAAGCACGCCAAUCCAGGUACAAUAACAGAGCUUGAACUUGAUGCCAAGAAAAGGUUUAAGUAUUUGUUCAUUGCUUUUGGCGCAUGUAUCAAAGGCUUUCCGUUCAUGAGAAGGGUUAUUGUUAUAGAUGGAGCUAAUCUAAGUGGUAAGUACAGAGGUGUUAUGUUAGUAGCUGCAUGUCAGGAUGGAAAUAGGGGUAUAUAUCCUAUAGCUCUUGGGAUUGUAAAUGCAGAGGAUGCAGCUGCAUGGGAAUGGUUUUUUACUCAGCUGCGUGGUGUGGUUGGUGAUGGUAAAAAUAUGGCUUUCAUCUCUGACCGAUGCCCAACAAUAGCCAAGGCUCUUACGAAUGUUUUUCCUGAAGCUGAUAAGGGCAUAUGCUUAUAUCACCUUGGAUAA